AUGAAGGUUGGGUUUAUUGGCGUUGGGUUUAUGGGACGGCACAUGGCGCGGAAUAUCGCGGCGGGCGGAUUUGAGAUGACGGUGUUCGACAUUCGCAAGGAAGCCGCCGAAGAGCUACUGUCUAUGGGCGCGACAUGGGCGGAAAGUCCUGCCGCCGUUGCCGCCGCGAGCGAUGUGGUAUUCACCUCGCUGCCGCGUCCGCAGGAUGUGGAGGAGGUUGCGCUUGGCGAGGGCGGCAUUCUGAGCGGCGCUGGCGCUGGCACGGUCUAUUUCGACCUGAGCACGACCGACCCGGAUACUAUCUAUCGCGUAAGCGCGGCGGGUGAAAGCGCGGGCGUUACGGUCCUGGAUGCGCCCGUGAGCGGUGGCGUGGGCGGCGCGGAGGCUGGGACGCUGUGCGUGAUGGUGGGCGGCGACGAAGAUGCCUACCUGCGCUGCAAGCCGGUGCUGGACAGGAUCGGGGACAAGGCGUUCAGCCUGGGCGUGAAGGCGGGCGUUGACGCGCAGACGCUGUUUGACGCUGUGAAGGGAAGCUCGGGUAACACGCAGAGCAUGCAGGGAUUCCCGUCGGGGCUGUUCGUGGGGAACUUCGAGCCGGGCUUUCAGCUAGACCUUGCGGCGAAGGAUGUCGGGCUGGCGACGGAUAUGGGGCGGCGGCUGCGCGUGCCGAUGGAAAUGUCGAAUAUAGCGCAGCAGCGUUACAUUGCAGGGCAGAACAAGGGCUGGGGCAGGGAAGCGUCCGGGGCGGUCGCAAAGGUACAGGAAGAGCGGGCGGAGGUUGAGAUUCGAACGACUACGGACGAGGGCUAA